GGAAGGAAACAUGCCAUUGGAAGAUUUACUGGCAUUCUAUGGCUAUGAACCCACAAUUCCAGUUAUGGCCGGUUCCAGUGUGGAUAGCUCUCCAAGUGAGCUUGCGGAUGAGCUUCCUGAUAUGACUCUAGAUAAAGAGGAAAUAGCUAAAGACCUCUUGUCGGGUGAUGAUGAAGAAACACAGUCCUCUGCUGAUGACUUGACACCAUCAGUUACUUCACAUGAGGCUACUGACUUCUUUCCUCGGCCAUUAAGAUCAAACACUAUAUGUGAUGGAGAUAAGGAAUCGGAUCGUGAAGAUGUAGAGGCAGACAAUGGUAAUUCAUCUGAAGAUUUGAGAAAGGAAAUAAUGGUUGGUUCACAGUAUCAGGCUGAAAUUCCACCUUACCUUGGCAGAUACAGUGAUAAUGAAAAGG